CCCGCCCUAUUUAAGCCUAUUGCCCGUCUCAUUUGCUUUCUUCUCUUCUCUUUUUUCUCCCUUCUUGCAACCUUCUCGACAGCCAAUCCGCUCCGACGCGUCAACGUCCAGCGACUUCCGCGUCUUUUACCAUCCAUUUUCAUCUGUUUUUAUAUCAUCCUACUAUCUUUUAUCAUCUGACAAUAUGACUGGACGUGGCAAAGGUGGCAAGGGUCUCGGAAAAGGUGGCGCCAAGCGUCACCGCAAGAUCUUGCGUGACAACAUCCAGGGUAUCACCAAGCCCGCUAUCCGCCGUCUCGCACGUCGUGGUGGUGUCAAGCGUAUCUCCGCCAUGAUCUACGAAGAGACCCGUGGUGUGCUCAAGUCCUUCCUCGAGUCGGUCAUCCGUGACGCCGUCACCUACACCGAGCACGCCAAGCGCAAGACCGUCACCUCAUUGGAUGUCGUCUACGCCCUCAAGCGCCAGGGCCGUACCCUGUACGGUUUCGGUGGUUAAAUUACUUGACCUACACCUUUCUGCCUUCUUGCUUUGAUUCGAUUUCUAUUUGGCAUUCACUCGACCAUAUGCUGUCCUGCUUGUGUUGUUGUUUUAUCAUACCUACCUACCACUCGCCGUUGGAGUGAGUGAAUGUCAAUGGAUAAAGGGAAGGUCUUUUAAUGCGCUAUGAUGUUUUUAUCUUCUAUCUUUGGUUUGCGUCGGCUAUUUGGUCAAUG